AUGGCGGACGAGCAGCAGGAGCACGAACGCUCCUGUGUUCCCCCUCCCACUCUGCUUGUUCCAUGGCCAAUAGCAGCAGCUAACUCCUCCACUCCCUUCUCUCUCUGGACCCAGACGCUAGAGAGCAAAGCAGCUGUCCAGAAGAGUGCGCCACGCACAGGCAAGCCGCAGCCCAAUGGGCAUAUCGUGAAGCCCAAACACCACCCAGGCCAAUCACCUGACGGAGUGAACGAGCCGGAGAACGAGGACGUCGAAGACGAGUACCACGAGUUCGAUGCUGAGGACCCGAACUUCCAGCAGGAGUUUCUCGAGGACGCCAACGGGGGCAAGUCCAAUCCAUUCCCCUUUGAUGCAUUGCUUGAUUUUACCAUUCAGGUUCUUCGGAAAGGAGCAGCUGCUGAUGAUAUGAUAUCACCUUUAAUUGUUUUCUCAAUUCAAUACAUCAUGGUUAAUCAUGUGAACUGGAAACACAAGGAAUGUAGUCGUUGGAAAACAACCCUUCGGGUGUUUGAAUUGGUGAAAAGCUGUAUUCAAGUAAAACCGUUCUCAUCAAAGCUUGGUGGCAUCAUUUGGGAAAUUCUACUAUAUGAUUCAUCUGUCUACGGUGUACUCUGGAGCAUAUUAUCUGUGUCAACACAAUUACUGCAUGACUCAUAUCGGAGCAAUUAUCAUGGUCUUAAGGAUAUUGAAGAUAUCCAGCUUGUCCUUUGCAAUGGACUUGAUAUUAUAUAUCACAUCCUGUCCAAUUUACCAGAGGAUUUACUGCCGAAUCCACCAUUCAUUACCAUGGUUUUGUCAUCUUCAUUGAAGCCAUUUUCUUUUAUCACAGCUCUAAUAUCAUUGACAUAUUUUCAUAAUUCUGAUAUGCAAUUAGCUGCCGCUAGAGCAUUCUCAGCAUUGUGUUUCAUUGCAUAUAAGGCCCAACCUCAGUUGAUGGAAAAUGCCAGCUUUACUGGUGAUGUUUCUGAGAUUCGGAGAUUGGAAUCAAGUAUAUCCUACAUUCUAGAUGAGGAUGAUAAAACUAAUGAUUGUUUGGUUGUGGCUGUAUUCAACCUUUUGACAUCUGCUGCUCGUUAUCAGCCUGCUUUUCUUAUUUCCUUGAUAGAGCAGAGUAUGAAGUCAGCUGAUCAUAAUGCUUCCACCAAUGAUCGUGACAAGGGAGUUUCUGUUACUUCAAAAAGUAAUGCUAAACUUGUUGACCAAAUCUUGGACUAUAUUGAAAGGUCCAUCGAGCUCAUGAAUAGAUCUCCCUUGGUGUUACUCAGUAUUCUCGACUUGUUGAAGGCAUUAUGGGAAAGUGGUAUACAGUUUUUGUACAUUUUAGAGAAGCUAAGAAGAUCUGUAACAUUCUGGAAUAACUUAUCACGGUGUAUUCGUGCUACACUUGAUAUCUGCUCUAUUGACAGUGUUGAUGCCAUUGACGAGAAAUUUUCGUUAAGGUACCAUUGUCAAGGUAAGAUAUUUGAGAUCAUGUCACAUGAGUUAUUCUUGCAAGAAAAAUUGCUUGCAGAGACUUCUAAUACUGCCCAAGAUGAUCCAAAGGGGCAACAAGAGCAUAAAAGUGGGCCUUGUCAUAGCAGUGUAGUCUUGAAAUGGUUUGAUAAUGCUAUUGUGGACGAUCUGAUCAGUAAUUUGUCAAGUAAUGCAUACAAAAAGGAACUUCUUCAUCAUGCAAAGGUAGCUGCCUGCUUAUGUAUCAUCCAUUUAAUAACAAAGUUGUCAACUGGUGAUACUGGGAGCUUGUCUUUCUCAUUCAUGAAGAAAAUUCAGAUCAUAUCAACAAAAUUGUCACAGCACCAUGCAUUCUUAGCUCUCCUGUCACAGUAUUCCCGCCAUGGAUACAGUGGUGAACAAGAACUUAAUAAUUUGGUUAUCAAUGAUCUUUAUUAUCAUAUACGUGGAGAACUCGAAGGUCGUCAGAUUAGCUCUGGCCCUUUCCAGGAGUUGCUCAGUUUUCUUCUGGAGUUAAAACUUUUUGAACACAAUCCCCUGGAGCAACUACAAAAUACAUACCUGAUGGCAAACGACAAAUUUGUAUUUGAUGUGGAGCACAUACAUGACGAGCUUGGAGUUGAUCUCUGGACUGAUUCAGACAGGAAGAGGUCCAAAGAAGUAGCUAAAAAAAUGCUGGAUAUUAUGCGUAAAGCAAAUUUAAUGAAGUGUUAUGCUGAUGCAAAGCUUUCUGCAUUGAGGUCCUUCUUGACAUUUUUAUCUGUCUACACAGGAGCGGUUUCUAACAAAAACUUGGACUUACCUGAUGGAGGCAUAUCAGUAGCGGCCACACAAUCGGCAAUUAGAUGUGCAUGUAAAUCAUUUGAGUCAGCUGUUGAUUCACUGCUUCCUCAAGCUGAUACAAAUGAGGUUUUGUUUCCUCUCUUGUCCGGACAAGUGGAAUUAUUGCUAACUCUUGCCCGAAUAUUAUUUCAUCAAGCAGAGAACAAGAAAUCAAGCCAUCUCUGCCCAGAUAUUGUACUUCUAAUGAAAACUUCAGGUGCCAGCAUGUCUUUUUUUGUUGAUCUCAUGCCAUCUGCUCAUGCUCUCAAGAAACCAGUGAAGGCACUUCUUGUUCUGCUUUUGUCGUCAUAUGAGUUCAUGUACAGCAAGGUUGACAUAAAAGACCUACCAAAUGAUGUUAACAUGUUUGGCGAAUUAGCCCUUUUAAGUGUGAGCUUGCUACCUAUACUGUGCAAAUUGGCAGAGAAUAGGGAAUGCUCUGAUCUUGCUGUUGCAUCAAUGGAUCUAAUAUUGAAAGGAUUUGUACCUUCUAAUGUAUGGGUGCCUAUUCUGCAAAAGCAUUUUCAUCUCCAGGCUAUACUGCAUAAAUGCCAGAAUGGUGAUUUAUUAUCUACUCAAGUUAUACUUAAUUUCCUCUUGACCUUGGGGCGAACAAAGGAUGGUGCUAAAGUUCUUCAGUCUGCCAAUAUUUUUGCGUUCUUAAAGGUACUUUUGAGUCAGUUGUCUCUGGAUGACUCCUGUUUGAGAAAUUCCUUGAAUGCCCAAGUGAAGGAUGUGAACCUAUGGGGCUUGGGUCUCGGUAUUGUUGCGUCCCUGAACCAUUGUUUGGAUGAUGACAUUUCUCAUAACAAUGUCGCGAACAGUACUAUCAGCUUCCUUUCAGGACAGGUGCCUCUGAUGUCAUCAUAUCUAUCUGCACAGAGUGCUUCUACUCAUCAGAGCAAGAAACGGGCAUUGUCGCAGAAGUCACAGACAUCACUUUCAGCCCUUAGUCUUACUGAGAAUAUUCUGAUACUUCUAUGUAUCUUGGCAAAAUAUCAUUUUCCACGGGACACUGGAAAGAAGGAAGUAGAUUCAGAACUAAGAGAGAUUAUUAUCCACCUGCUAGCAUUUAUAAGCAAAGGAAGUGUAAAGACUGGCGAUGCCUCUAACUGGAACUCAUCGUUUUUCUGCCCUGCUGUUAUCAAAGAGGAACUAGCGCUUAAUUCGAAUCCACCACUCAUUUGUAGCAAGUAUGGAUGGUUCAAAUUUGCUGCAAGUUGUACUUUGUCAACUGCAGCUGUUUCAGUUUCUCCCAGUGCAGCUUUAUCGGUGGUGAGAAGGGACAAGAGUUCAGGAGAUUCUGAUUGUAUAAGGCAAACUCGUUAUACUGAGAUAUUAGCUGUUCAGAUUUACAGGAUUGCUUUUCUUAUUAUGAAGUUUCUCUGUAGUCAAGCAAAAGCAGCAGUAAAAAGGGCAGAAGAACUGGAUUUCCUUGACCUUGCCCAUUUUCCUGAGCUUCCCAUGCCAGAUAUUCUUCAUGGUUUACAGGUGGCAGCUGCUGUGCCUCUUGUUGCUUUCCACAAUUGUAGUUUUGAAGUAAAGGAAAUGCUAAACCAGUUUAAUUAUGUAAUACAUGGAUUUUACACUAUAAUAGGUAAUCAGUUAAUUCUUAUAAGGAUCAAGUGGAUUUGUAUUGUCACUGAAGUAUUUGAGGCAAAUGGGUCAAGCACUCUAAAUCCCGAGACAGAGAAGGUAUGCCAGCUCCUAUUGGUGACACUUGAAACGUCACUUUACAUGGAACUAUGUGUCUCCCAAUCCUGUGGCAUCAGGCCAGUACUUGGUCGGCUUGAAGAUUUCUGCAAAGGAAUUAAGGCUAUGCUUCAAGCUAUAGAGAAGCACUCCAGUUUUAAAUCAUUUGUCAGGUCCCUAACUGAAAUUACUACUCUUCUGUACCCUGGGCUUUUGCAUAGUAACCUUCUCAUGUGA